UACCAGAACUCAGACUUUACCCAACAAUGACAAGGUAAGAACUUUGGCAUCAAGUAUAUCAUUACUACCCUUCACUUCAUUGAGUUGAAUUAAAAGUCCAUGAGGUUGUUGUCCUAUGUUGAUCUGGGCCUUUAGUUGCUCCAAUCUCCCCUAUUUUGGCUGCUCACCCAGCAAGUCAAUCUGUAUGUCACUGUCCGUGGUGCUGAACACAAUUUCUGAAUGUGUUUUUAGAAUAGAGUGUGAAAAGAAAAUGGUAGUACAGACAUGAAUAUAUCUCAUUCUCUUACGUUCAUCUCGAUCUUUGCAAUAACUCCUUUACCUGUUACAAAGUAUAGUCUGUUGUUAAAAAACAAUGUUAGUCUCUGAUUAUUUACUCAAAAUGUGUCAAGUUUGUGUAUGUUUGACAUGUUUAUUUCUGAGGUGUUACCGUUGGCAGAUUUCUUCCUGUAUCUCCUCUUUAAAUAUGUAAUCUGUUCAAGAGUGAAUUCCGCUAUUCACUUUACGUAAUAGGAUCCCUUACUUCCGUUGAUACUUCAGGGUUUCUACAGCACAUUUGAUUAUAUUGGCUAAUAUGAUGCAAACUACAGUGAGAGGGAAAAGACAAUCUUCAGUCAUGUCCUAUAUCAAGUCCUCCAAUUCAAGUGUAAAUAUACUGUGUUUCACUGUUGACGUUGAAUAUCCGUUUAAAGUAGGCUAUUAAUACUUUCCAUAAUUGAAUACAUUUUUUGUCACAGCAGAUUCUUUUCCACAAUGGCUUUGAAUCCGCAUUCCACGGUGCAGUAAACCGUGUGAGAUUGCACAGAGAUUUUUAAAUACGUUGUGUUUUUUAAUGUAUUCAUAUUGCAAUAAUGUAUAGUGCCGUUUGUAAAGCAAGUGCUCGUCGGUGUUUCUGAAUGAGGAGGGGUAUUUUACGGUUGUAUUAUAACGUGUGCAGUUCACGUAGGUUACCACAAAGGGACGCUAAAGACCGUAACACAGAAACGGGGAGGCUCCUCCCAGGGUAAAAACGCAAGGACUGUGGAUUUUUAAUCACAAAGAAACACGGGGAGAGAAGGGAGGACAUAAUGGAGUCGUCCUCUUUAAGCUGAAGAACAUCGAAAUAGUGUUGGACUAAAUAUUAUCACAUCUCAUCAGUCCACGGAAGAAACCCUAUUGUGGAUAUAUGCUUUGUUCUUUUUCGGAGGAAUUAUGUCUUCACGAGGUAGCAGGAGGUUCAUUGUUACAUAUCUGAUGCUGGUGAUGUUGGAUUGUUUCUAUGAAGCGGCGUCUGGGCAGCUCUCCUACUCUGUCUCAGAGGAGGUGAACCCGGGGACUAAUGUCGGAAAUAUCGCCAAGGAUCUAAACCUCAAUGUGCAGGAUUUGGAGUCCCGUUUGUUUCAGGUUGUUACAGGAUCUAAGAAGAAAUACUUCGAGGUAAACCUUAAAACCGGAUUCCUCUAUGUCAAUGAGAGGAUAGACCGAGAGGAGCUUUGUACAGACGAACCCAAAUGCACUGUGAGUGUGGAGGCCGUUAUAAACAGCCCACUAAAGCUUUACCGCGUAGAGAUAGAAAUUAGAGACGUGAAUGACCACUUUCCGUCUUUUACCUCGAAAUCACAAAUACUGGACAUCGCAGAGAACACCUUGCCUGGGUUUAGAUUUGCGUUAUCGGAGGCAAGCGAUGCAGAUGUGGGUAAAAAUGGUGUUAGUGCGUAUAAGCUCAGUCCAAACGAAUACUUCAGUCUAUCGACACACAAACGAGGGGAGAGUAUAUCUCCAGAGUUAGUGCUGCAGAAAGGCCUAGACCGUGAGAAAAAGCCACAUAUGCAGCUCAUGUUAACUGCGGUAGACGGGGGAACUCCACCAAAUUCAGGCACAUCAGAAAUUAAAAUAAAUGUACUAGACACUAAUGAUAACGCACCAAUCUUCAGCAGCACUCUUUACAAAGUUAAAACGUUUGAAAAUGUCCCGCUUGGUGCGGUGGUAUUCACCUUAAAUGCGACCGACGCAGAUGAAGGCACAAACAGUGAAGUAGUGUAUUCUCUUCGUAAUCAGGAUCAGGACCACAUUCUGGAUAUUUUCAAAAUUGACCCUGAAACGGGGAUCAUUUCAGUGAAAGGGAAAAUCGACUACGAGGAAAGAAAAGCUUUUGAAAUCCGAGCAGAGGCAAGGGACAAAGCCCAGCCUCCUCUGUCAGCUCAUAGUAAAGUGCUGGUCGAAGUAAUUGAUGUAAACGACAACGCUCCUGAGAUCACGGUGACGUCACUGCUGAAUACAGUGAACGAGGACGCUGAUGUAGGUACUGCCAUUGCACUUGUUUCCGUUCUAGACAGAGACAGUGGUAAAAAUGGGCAAGUGAAAUGUGAGAUCUUAGAUACUGUUCCGUUCAAAUUGGAGACAAAUUACAAAAACUAUUACUCUUUAGUGGUUGAUGGACAUUUAGACAGAGAGGUGACUCCUCAGUACAAUGUAACUAUUUCAGCAACCGAUGAAGGGAGUCCUCCUCUUUCAAACAUCAAUGUUAUUACCGUUUACGUUUCUGACGUUAAUGACAAUGCCCCAAGUUUCCCGGAACAUUUGGUAAAUAUUUAUGUGAAAGAAAACAGUAAAGUAGGAACAGUUGUUAAAACAGUAACUGCAACUGAUGCUGACGUCAGCAACAACGGCCAGGUGAGCUACUCAUUUUUAAACAGUAAUAGUAAAUCUCUGCCUCUCUCGACAAUGGUGAACAUCAACUCAGAGACUGGAGACAUAGUCAGU